CGGAAGCAGAAACGACCGAGACCUACUCUAACUAUGCAAUUAGGGAAAAUGGCCUUCAGAAAUGUCAGACUGAUUUAUGAGCAGUAAAUAGAAAAGAGUUGCCGGUGCGUUUACGAUUAAAAAAAUAAGACGUGGGACUUCUUUUUAGGGGCUCACGAAUUCUGCCGGCCUCUGAUUGACCACUGUGAUAAAAUGAUCCAUCAUCUACAGUAGGGAGUCAGGCAUUUAAUAAUCCCAAAGUUGACUGUGGAGAGGAUUUCAUAACAUGACAUCUACAAUAGAGGAAAAAGAGCUGCAAGAAAGGCUGAGAGAAGCUGCUGCUUUGGGGGAUAUUGAAGAAGUUCAGCGAUUGGUGGAUUUUGGAGUGAGUGUGAACUCUCAGAAUGAAAUCAACGGCUGGACUUGCUUGCACUGGGCCUGCAAACGGAACCAUGCUCCGGUGGUGUCAUACUUGCUAGAUGCCGGUGCAGAUAAAGACAUUCUCGCUGUUAAAGAAGAAAAAGCAGUCCAGUUAACAUCCAAAAGGGAAAUUAGGAAGAUGCUGGGAGUGGAAGAUGAUGAUGAGCUUUUGGAUGUGAAGAACGACUCUACCUUGCCAAUUAUCCCAAAUUACUUAUCUAACCCACCCUUUCCUUAUGUUUAUAACUCCAUGAAUAACAGCACUACCAGCACCUCAGCGUCCUCUUUGAAUGGAAGACUUUCUCCUUCUUUCCAGCAACACAACAUAGACUCUUCAGUUUCUUUGCCUCAAGUACAAACAUCUGGCACUGCAGUGCUGCGACAUGGAAAGGCGUCUCCUGUGGGAUGUGAUGGAGAUGUGACAAAGGCAAUCGCUAUAGAAUGCCUGGAGCCUGUAGUUCAGAACGGUCAUGUUCAUCAGCUCUCUGUUCCGCCAAGUAGGACACACCGUUCCCCAGCUGGAUCUACACAACCGGAAACUCAGCAACCCGGUGGCCCUUAUACAGGAGCUGUCCCAACAUUUCAGCCAUUCUUCUUCACUGGAGCAAUUCCCUUCAGUAAUAUGCAAGAACUGGUACUUAAGGUCAGAAUUCAAAAUCGUACCCUGAAGGAGAAUGACUUCAUUGAAAUUGAAUUGGAUCGACAAGAACUGACUUACAAAGAACUGCUUAGGGUGAGCUGCUGUGAAUUGGGAGUUAACCCCGAACAUGUGGAGAAGAUCAGGAAGCUUCCAAAUACCGUGUUAAGAAAGGACAAAGAUAUCUCAAGGCUUCAAGAUUUCCAAGAACUGGAGCUUGUUCUGAUGAUGAGUGAUAAUGACUUUAUGUUUAAAAAUGCAGCACCAACACUGACUGAAAGGCCUUGUUAUAACAAGAAAGCAUCAAAACUAACUUACUAAUUGUUGAAUUAAAAGUUUCAUUCUAGUAUUUAACUGUUAAACCUAGAACACUCUAAGGGCUAUAACAUUAACUUCUACUGUAUCUUGGAAAGUAGAAUUAAGUGACUGAGCAUAUGUCUUUUGAAAACAAGCUCAGUUGAAACAGACUUGUUUCUAGUUUAAUAUGCUAAAGGUGAUGAAGUCACAUUUGUGAUGACUGCAUUUCAUAAACUGACAAGUGUAACAAUAUUCUGAAAUGGGAUAUUAAACAGAACAUUGUCUUUUUC